GGAGAACAUGAAGAAGAUAGCGAUGAAUCUGAUAAUGGUAAGAAAUGUGAAAUGUUGCUAUAUUUAGAAAAAAGGUAUAUUUCUCCACGGACUCGGGAAAUUGAUGUACCUGUGGUAAUAACUCAGGUGUGGAUUAGGGAACUAGCCUUGAUGCAGGAGCCUAAAGACAGGGAUGCAGAUUUGGUGAAGCAUUUGCUGCACAGUUUAGCAGACCUGGUGCAGGCAGAAGAAUAUAUUUUGGAGUUCAAGAACCUGCACCAGAUGAAAGCCACCGGCUCUUGCCAAGUUGCAAAGUUAACAGAGAACAAGUUCCGGAAUCGAUACAGAAAUGUUUUACCCUUUGAUGAAAACAGAGUUAAACUAAGGAACCAGGCAAAUGAUUACAUCAAUGCCAAUAACAUCUGUAUGAAAGUUGGACAGUCCGAACUGCGCUACAUCGCCUGUCAGGGCCCCACUCCAGAAACAGUUUCCGACUUUUGGGUCAUGGUCUGGCAGGAGCAGGUCAGUGUCCUUGUAAUGCUGACCCAGGAAGUUGAAGGCGGGAAGGUCAAGUGUCAUCCCUACUGGCCACAGACCAAAGAGGAUGUGCUCCUGGCAGAUAAAGGAAUGCUGGUGGUCACACUGGCCAGGUCGUACCAGUUGGAGGACUUCACAGUGAACCAAAUGUACAUUGAGAACAAAGAUACUAGGUCAACGAGAGAGGUCACUCAGAUACAGUACACAUCCUGGCCAGACCACGGUGUGCCGGAAACUGCUCUUCCAUUGUUGAAACUGCUGCAGAUUGUCCACUUGUUGGAGGAUGGAUCAGCGCCCAUCAUACACUGCAGUGCAGGCAUUGGUCGUACGGGCAGCUUCAUUGCUGUCGAUACUGCCUUGGCCACAAUUGAGCAGGGGCUGCAGUUGGAUUUGCCAGAGAUAGUCCGUGAAAUGCGCUCACAACGGUAUGGGAUGAUUCAAACAACGGAUCAGUAUCUGUUCUGUUACUCAGCUUGUAUGGAAGCUCUGCUCUCUCUAGUCAAGUAG